AUGCGAGCUGCAGUCUGCACAGAGGGACGGUCGGGCCUGGCCACUUGGGUUGUCAAAUCUGGGAACAACUUUUCCCCGCUGUUCCGAUCUGUCCCGCUCUUUGAGGUGGCCCACCCAGAUUCCCAGAAAGAGGGUCGCGAAGCUGUCAUUAUAGGAUUUUUUACCCUGGUCUAUCAGGCGAAUGCGAUAGGCAUUCUCUCCCUUGAUGCUCGGCAGUACUUCCGUUUCUUCAAAUGGACCUUGGCUGGCUUACAUCCCAACGGAACCGCAUUCCUGUUCAUGAUCAUACUGCUACAUGGCUCCGACUCUUCUGAUGCUUUCCUUCUAUUCAGGCCGUGCCAGGCGUGCCACGGUGCCAGGCUUCUGGGGAGGAGCCCCAUCACAUGCGACCCCUUUGUCAUCCCCCUUGUCCUGUGA